AUGUGAAAUAAGAAAUCAAAACCCAGUAUUGGGUGGGGGUUGUGGAUCGCGACCAGGGGAAAGGAAAGGGGGGAAACCCUAUUUCAUUAGAAGAACUCCAAAUUUCAGCAAAUUAGUAGGGAUUCUUGGUUCAAUUCGAAUGCAUGUGUUAAAUACUCAAUAAUCCAAGUGUCUUGAACCUAAGGAACGAAAGAAGAAGGAGUUAGUUCCGGAUCACAAACAAAGACUCAAGAUCGAGAUGACGGAUGCGAGUAAUGUUGAUGAUGCUGAAAUAGCCAGACAAGAGGCACUCAAUAAUAAGAUGAUGGAGGCGGCAGAAAAAGUAAUGAAUGCUAACCUUCCUAAGUUAGCUCAAGAAGUCGAGAGCCGAGUCUUGGGGGUUGUUGAUGAGAUGAUGGCUAGUAAGAUUGAGGAGUUAAAGGAAAUGAUUGAAGGAUCCAGGACAAAAAGUAAGGAAAGAAGGUGUACAUAUAAGGAUUUUAUGGCAUGUAAUCCCUUUUCAUAUAAAGGGGAGGUGGAUCCGAUAAAGUGUCAAAGAUGGAUAGCAAAUGUUGAAGCGGUAUUUGUGCGUAGCCGAUGUGAGAAGGAAGAUCAAGUAAUGUUUGCUACGGGUCAGCUUCAGCAACAAGCCAAGGAUUGGUGGGAUACUAAAUGUAAAGAGAUAGGGGAAGAAAGACUCCAAACCUUGACAUGGCAAGAGUUCAAAGAAUUGUUCUUAAAACAUCAUUGCCCGCAAUCGGCAAUUGAUAGAAUACAAGAUGAGUUCUUGCAUCUUCGCCAACAGAAUGAGUCUAUUGAUGAAAUUACCAAUAUAUUCUACGAUAAGUUGAAGUUCUGUGAUGAUUUCGUCAAAUCUGAAAGGAUGAAGAUAAAUCGAUACUAUGGAAUGUUGAAGGCCGAGUAUAGGGAGUUCAUUACUCCUUCAAAGUGUGAAACUUUGGGUGAACUCAUCAAUUUGGCCCGGGAUAGAGAGAUAGAACUGAAGCGACAAGUGGAAAGAGGAGAGAAACGGUCUGCUGAAAAGCCAUCAACUACGAGUCCAUCCAAGAAGCCUAAGCAACACGACACCAGAAGUAAAGGAGGAUCGAAAAGUAGUAUUCCCCCAUGCAAAACUUGUGGGAAGCUUCACACCGGAGAAUGUUUAAUGGGAAAGAAAGGGUGUUACAACUGUGGGCAAGAGGGACAUCCUUACUUUAAGUGUCCUAGUCCUGUAAGGACGUGUUUCAAUUGCUUCACUCCUGGUCAUGUAAAAGCCGAAUGUCCGAAGCUUAAACAACAAGGGCAGAAAGAUGAAAAGAAGAAUGAAAACCAGAAGGCUCGGGGAAGAAUGUUUCAGAUUACUACCGAGGAAGCCAAGGUUUCACCGAAUGUCGUAUCAGGAACGAAAGAAGAAGGAGUUAGUUCCGGAUCACAAACAAAGACUCAAGAUCGAGGAAUCCGUAUCGGUCCAUAGUGAUUGGGUCGGUUCGGGUUCGAAUGAGAAGGAAUUUAAUGGAAGUUCUAUCCUUGAUCCGUGCUAAACGGAUUAUUGGAAGCGAAUGAGAAAGAGUUGUGUUAAUUGACUAGAAUAAAAGGGUAUGGAUUAAGAUCAAUUGGUAACUUAUCAUGUAAAUCCGAGAAUGUGUAUUGUGAUAGGAUGAAAACGUUAUGUGUACCAUACUAAUUUAUUUUGUUGAA